GUCGCGACAUGGAGAUGCUGGGAUAUUAAUGUCAGUCAGAUCUAAGAGUGGUAUAUGUGGCUUUCCUUCUCCUUUAUUUAUUCUGAUAUGAUGAUGUUUUACAAUUCAUAUGUGAUAGCAUUAUAAUUGGCAUUUGCUUGGUUAUAAAUAAGAAUAUCCAUGUGUAAAUGAGGCUGUAAGCUACCUAAAGAAAAUAAGUAGAAAAUAAUAUACAUGACAAGAGUUGUAAAGGCAUAUAAGACAAGUUUUAUGAUGAAAAUGAAUAAAUGUUCAAAAUUGGUCAUCUGACAGUAAUACUGUAAAAGGGCACUAGAUGGCGGCACUGGUCUAUAUUCGUGGUUAUUACGAACGAAAAUGAAAAGAAAUCUGAGGUGAAUCCAUAAUUCUAGACACGAUGACAUUCUAGAAUGAUUACGAAGAUUCAUAUUUUGGUUAAAUAUGUGCUGUCUGACAGAAAAGGUACGUAAAAGAGUUCUGUUGUAGAAAAAUGAUACGAAAAUUUGAUGAAUGAAACGACGCCAUUGUGGUAGAAAGCGGCGAAACAAGUUAUGAUCAAAUUAUGUUUUAUUUACGAGAUAUUGUGUUUGUUUGUGUUGAAAUACAUUAUAGAAAAUGAUUUUAUGAUUUAUAAUGUUGUUUACAUUUAUUUGUGUUCCCAAAUGACGUGAAUUUAUGAUUAUUGGUGUGUAAACAAACUACACCGGAAAUACUAUUUCUGUUUCGCGAGAACGAGAGAGAAAGAACCUCAGUGUUGCUGUUUAAUAAAAUGAUCCCGAUUGUGGGUAAAAUAUUUACGAGUGGGUAAAUAAUAUUAACUUGAAGUUCAUAAUUUUGUAUGAAAUUCUUGGUUGUUGUAAACUGAAUUACGUAUAAAUAAGAAGAAAAAAUUGUGUGUAUUAUUUAAUGAUAUACGCUAUUAAUGGAGAGUUAAGAAAUCAACAUAAUAUUUUUUAAGGUAUAUUCACGAGAGAGGAAUAUUUCAACGUGAUGUUGGCAACAUUACUUUGCUCGUUUUCUUCAGAAAAGUUUGACAUAGAGAGAUUGAAAAGUUCUUAUUUUAAAUAAAAUACCUUGUGAUAAGAGUUAAAUAGUGAAUAGUUUCACAGUUUGUGAUUGGAUUUGCUUGGUGAGUAAAAGAAUUUGUUGAGAUAUCGUUAUAUUUCGAGAUUUUCGUAAGAUAAACUGUAAGAUUGUAAUCAUGGCUGAUGCAGUAAGUUUGUGUUUCUAAAUAUCGUAUAAUCAGUUUUCAUGAGUGAUAUUGAAGUUGUUUUACAUUGUAAACGCAAAGUAAUGAGCUUGUUUUAUGAUGGAAUAUGGUCGGUACAUACAUACGUACUUACGAUAAUUAUUUUUGUCGAGUUUUCUCUGUUAUGGACCGACGCCAUUAUAUUUUGAAUUUUCUAGCUAAAAAGAAUUAUAAGUUUAUGAAUGUACUUGUCGUAAAGAGUAAUAAUAGAAUACUUACCUGAUUACGAUUAGAGAAAAUCUAAAUGUUUGACGUUUGAAUACUUACUGUGUGUAAAUAUUUUCAGCUAAGAAUCUUGUUGGCAUAUACCGGUUUACUUACGAAUGAUGGAGUCAUUACUAAUUUCUAGACUCCAAGAUGUAAUAAAUCAUAUCGAGAUUGUGACGAAACAGUGCGAAACAUUCUUACAAAAGGAAAUAAGUGAUAUUGACAAACAGCAAGCAGAAAUUGCUACCAAGAAAUUGGAAAAUCUUCAUUCUCGUUUUUCAACUGAAUUAAACAAUUAUUUUCGAUUGAGUAUCGAACCAUCUGCUGAUGACAUCUCAAUGUUUAGUGCUAUUCAAUUAAAUUCCGAGGAAAUCCUCAUAGAGUUGACCAUAAAGUUAAAAGAUUUGCGUGAAGACCAAAGUGAACGGUCAAAUAAAGCUACUUAUAGUGAAUUACCAAAAUUGAACUUACCUGAAUUUAGUGGUGAUGUGUUGCAAUGGCAACAGUUCUGGGACCAUUUCACAUCAAAUAUUGAUAGUAGACACUUACCGGACGUGGACAAAUUAUUGUACUUGAAGGCUUCAUUAUCUGGAGAUGCGAAGAGAGCUGUUGAAGGAUUAGAAACUACAAAUAAAAACUAUCAGAUUGCUGUAUCGAUUCUUAAGGAACGAUAUGGUAAGGAACAUUACAUAAUUGAUGCUCACUAUGCUGCCUUAUAUAAAAUUAAGGCUGCGGACAAGACUGCUGAAGAUUGUCGGAGAACUCUUAAUGAAGUAGAGCGGCAUCUACGAGUUUUAAAUUCACUUGGUGAGAAUACUAACCAUAACCAUCUGCGGUUUAUUAUUAUUGAAAAGUUUCCUGAAGAGAUAGUGUAUGAGUUAAAGAUGUUGUUAAAGACAGAUUCUAUUGAAGAUAUGAGAAAACAAUUAGAGAUUAUUAUUUCAGCAAGAGAGGAUGCUAAUAGAAUUGCUCAAGAGAAGAGUGAAAAGGAAAUUAGACAUUACACGGUUGAGACAUUCCACGGUACAGAUAGUGUGAACCAACAUAAACCGUCAAGCGGUUCAAGAAGGUUUAAGAUCCAAGAACAUUUUAAGAAUUUGAAGGAUAAACAUCAGGAUUGGAAAAUGAAAAUGAGAUUUGCUCCUAACUACAAGAAUAAUAAUUACAAUAAUAAUAGAAUGCUUCCUAAUAAAAGAAAAUUUGAAAAUUCAUAUGAGAAAGAUAUAAACAUGAAAAAACCAAGAUUAAAUUGUAUUUUCUGCUCAGGAGCACAUUACAAUGAUCAAUGUAAGACUGUAAGAACUAUUAAGGACAGACAAAUCAAAUUAAAGGGCCGAUGCUUUUAUUGCUUUGUUCAAGGUCACUGGAGUAAGUCAUGUAAAAUAAAUAAAAAAUGUAUACAUUGUGGAGGAAGGCAUAACAGAGCUUUAUGUCCAAAAGUUUGUGAUUCUGUGAAAGUGAAAACAUUGCAUACAAAUACUUCAGUCAAAUCUGGAAAUUCUACAACGGUAUUACAGACAGCAGUAGUUACUGCAUUAAAUGAAAAUAAAUGCGACAAAGUGAAUUGUCGGAUCCUUAUGGACUCUGGCAGUCAACGUUCAUAUGUAACAAAGAGGAUUGCUACUGAAUUGAAUUUAGCUGUAAUAGAAGAACACCAUCUUUCCGUCUUCACCUUCGGAACUGAUCAACCAUUGGAAUAUGAUAGUCCAUUAGUGAAAUUAAAUAUACUUACCAGAACUAACGAAGAAGUCGUACUGUAUGCCAAUGUUGUACCAACCAUUGCACAGCAUGUUAGUUAUCCUGGAGAAGAACUUUAUCAUUGGAAGAAUGAAUGUAUCUUGGCAGACGAUGGUUCACUUGGAGACCAAGUGGACAUCCUCAUCGGCAAUGACUAUUAUUUCACGGUUAUAGACACAACAAAGAAACAAAUAAGUGAGAACUUAUUUUUAGUGGAUUCUAAAUUUGGAUGGAUGUUGACAGGGAAAACAGAAAAGAAAAAUAUAGAUAAUUUAUCAGUUAUUACUUACUUUCAGUCAAAUAAAGAAACAAAAUUGAAUAAACCGGACUUACCUUUAGACAACAUGCACCUGAAGAACUUAUGGGACCUUGAAUGUAUUGGAAUUACUGACUCUCCCAACACUACUAAAGAGGAAGAAGCUAUGAAGAACUUUAAUGAUAACACAAAAUACAAGGACAAGAGAUAUUUUGUAUGCUGGCCAUGGAAUAAUAAUGUUUCUACUCUACCUACUAAUCUUGGACUAGUGACAGGAAGAUUAAUCAAUUUAUUAAGACGAAUGGAUAAAGAUACAUUGAAGUUAUAUAAUGAGACAAUUAGAAACCAACUUAAAGAUGGAAUCAUUGAAACUGUUCCCUCUGAUGAAAUAGAUCACAGUAUACAUACCAUACAUUACCUGCCACAUCAUGGAGUAAAGACACCUGGAAAAGCUGUUCGUAUUGUAUAUGAUGCGUCAGCAAAACUGAAACAAGGAGUUAGUCUCAAUGAAUGUCUUCGAGCUGGACCAGUAUUACUAGAAGAUUUAACAGGAUUAUUGAUAAGAUUCAGAUCUCAUAAAACAGCAAUAACAGCAGACGUUGAAAAGGCAUUUUUACAAAUUGGACUUCAAGAUGACAGUAAAGAUGUUACUAGAUUUCUAUGGCUCAAAGAUAUAACGAAAGCAGCUACUGAUGACAAUAUUAUACACCUUCGCUUUUGUCGAGUACCGUUUGGGGUCAUAUCUAGUCCAUUCUUGUUAAACGCUACUAUCAAAUACCAUUUGAUGCAGUCGGCUAAUAAGGCUGUACAGCAAGUUUCUGGCGACAUAUAUGUAGACAAUUUGGUUACUGGGACGAAGACGACAUUACAAGCGAUUACAUUAUACAACAAUUUAAAAAGGGAAUUUGAGAAGAUAUCUAUGAAUCUAAGAGAGUGGAGUUCCAACUCGAAAGAAUUUAAAGAGAAGAUACCAGAUGUACUUGACAAAGAAGUUGUCAAGGUUCUCGGCUUAGACUGGAACACAAACAAAGAUACAAUCCAAUUGAGACCAAACAAUGUUGACUUACAAACUACUAAACGAGGAGUCUUAAGGACAAUUGCUUCUAUUUACGAUCCAUGUGGAUUUGUUGCACCAUCGUUGUUGUCACCAAAAUUGUUCAUGCAAGAUCUAUGGAAAAGCAAAAUUAAAUGGGAUUCAAAGUUACCCAAAGAAUUAUUUGAAGAAUGGAGAAACAUAUAUAAUAAUUUAGAAACUGAACAGGAAGAAAUACCCAGAUAUUAUACAAAGGACUUUGAAAGUAAAGAAAAUCAGUUACAUUGUUUCACAGAUGCAUCAACGAAGGCUUAUGCAGCUGUAGUAUGUAUAGUAAAUGAAAAUGGCAAAGAAUGUUCAUGAAGUUACAAAGUCAUUAAUUAAUAAUAAAGAAGAAAGUAAAACUAGUAAACACGAUAGUAAGUCAAAAGAAAUAGAAGAAAUGAAAAGAAUACAAGAAACUUAUUUUCCUGAUGAGGUUAAUAUGAAAGAAACUGCUUUAAGUCGUAAUCUACGAUUAUUUAAAGAUGAUGAUGGUUUGUUAAGAAGCAAAGGAAGAUUUGAAAAUACUGAAUGGUUGUUUGACAUGAAAUACCCAAUUUUAUUGCCCAAGAACUGUGACUUCACAAAUAGUUUAAUAAAGAGAAUACAUGAAGACAACUACCAUGUUGGAGCCAAUCAUACACUGAGUUUAAUUCGGAAGUUGUACUGGAUACCACAGGGUAAAGCUCAAGUUCAAAAGAUUAUAAGACAGUGUUCGAGCUGUAUCAAGCAUGGGGGCGGUCCAUUCAAACUUCCGCCUACUCCUGCACUUCUUGCUGAAAGAGUGAACUAUAGUUCACCUUUUACAUUUACUGGACUUGAUUAUUUAGGACCAAUAUUAGUAAAGACUGAAAAUGGAGUUUCCAAGAGGUGGAUUUGUUUAUUCACUUGUUUAGCUGUAAGAGCUAUACAUCUAGAAAUGGUACAAGAUUUAUCUGCUAAAGAAGCGCUACUUGCUCUAAGACGAAUGAUUUCUACAAGAGGGACUCCUGGUUUGAUAGUUUCAGACAAUGCUUCACAAUUCAAACUUAUAUCAGAGCUUCUAACCAAUCCAUACUGUAAAGAGAAUAAAAUUACAUGGAAAUUUAUACCACAGUUAUCACCAUGGUUUGGUGGUUUUUAUGAGAGACUAGUGAGUCUAGUAAAGCAUUGUAUGAAGAGAACAUUGCAUAAACAUUUGUUAAAUGACAGUGAAAUCAAUACAGUUAUUAAAGAAAUUGAAGCUAUUUUAAAUACAAGACCACUUACCUGUGUCGAUUCAGAAAUGGUGCAUAUACUGAAACCAGCUGAUUUUUUGAUGAUGGGUAAAUGUAUCAGGACAGAGACAAUAAGUGAGUAAGAUAUUCUUAUUGAAGGCACAACAACGAAACAAGAUUUGAUUCAAGGCUGGAAAAGAGCUUUAGUAAUUCUGGAUGAGUUUAAAGACAUGUUUAUGAACCGAUAUCUUUCUAGUCUUCGGGAAAGAUUUCAAAAUUCAUUAAAGGAGCCAAGAAUUAAGUCUCAGUUAAUACCUAAAGAACUACCUGUAGUACAAAUAAAAGGAGAUACUUACAAAAAAUAGAGAAGAUUGGAAAGUGGGUAGAAUAGUCUCACUUACUACAAGCAAAGAUGGAUUUUGUAGAGUAGCUAAUGUUAAAGUUGGAAACAAGAUAUAUACGAGAUCAAUCACUCAGUUGUAUCCGCUUGAAGUUGAGGAUUUUGAUAAUGAGAAUAUUGAGAAUAGUUCUGAAAAUAUUGGUCAAACUCUAAAGAGAACAAGAAUAGUUGGUUCUGUGAAUGAUUCAAGGCCUAUAGACAUUCCUGAAGAGGUAAUUACUAAUAUACAAAAUAAAGAUAAUGAUAUAGAAAUGCAAACUGUAAGAGACAGCACUAAACGAAUAAUUGAUGGGGUUACUGAAGUUGUCAGUGAACCAGAUAAUGAUAUUACUGAAGUUGUUAAUGAAUCAGAAAAUGAUGUUAAUGAACAAGAGAAUGAUAAUAAUGAGUCUAGACCGGUGCGUGCCGCUGCCACGAGAGCCCUGGAAAAGAUAAGGGAAUGGACGGCCAACUUGGUCGCCCUACUAUGACAAAUUCUUCGUUCGUCGGGAGUGUCGUGACGAAGGCUGGUUGACGCCGUCACGAUGUCCCUCAAAUUCUUCGUUCGUCGGGAGUGUCGUGACGAAGGCUGGUUGACGCCGUCACGAUGUCCCUCAAAUUCUUCGUUCGUCGGGAGUGUCGUGACGAUGAGUCACGAUUCUAAAUAUGGAAUGUCACAAGUAGCAACACCGAAACGGAAGCCCGCUAAUUUUUCUAUCAAUGGAGAAGUAAUCCGUAUCCAUGAGGUGAAAGGAAAGGUGUAAGGAAAGCCAUAUUGAGGAUCUGAUCACUGACAUAGGAACCUAUGAGUGAGUAAGAGUUACAUCCUAUCUACACAUACUGACUGGUAUUCGCGACGUCAGUCUAGUAUGUGUGCAUUCACAUCCCUACAAUAGAUUCAUAAUUCUUUGAUUAUCUAU